UGUCAGUGUUAUCUCCCAGAGGCCCAUCCUCAGUAGAACACACACACACAAUAGUUAAUAGAAUACUCUAUUCUGUUCCAUAACACAACCAUUUGAUGCAAUAAAGGUAGUAUAACAUAGUCUUGCAGUUUUGCUCUCACAACCCUCUAUAACGUUCUCAUUUAUCAUUAUUCACGAUUCAUUCAGGAUUAUCCGUAAAUUUGUCACAAGCUUGAUGUAGUCCUUACGUACUAAGAAUAUGGAACCAAGUACGACAUUUCUGACUACUUUAUUUAUAAGAAUCUUUAAGGCUGUCAAUCAUUAAUCACCCCUAUAAAAAAAAUACUUAAAACAAUCUAUUUUUCUGAGCAAUUGUAUUAGUAUAAAAUAAUAUAAUUUCCCCUUUUUUUUUGCUUACAAUAUACUGUAGCUUAGUAUUAGAUUUUUUACAUUUUAUACAGUCAUUAUUGUUCAUAUUCAUCAAUGGUGUCAAUAAUGUCGGAACCCACUGUAUGUAUAAGAGCAUCUGGGUGUGUGGACCCUACACUGUUACUACAAAGUUCAGAGGUAACUGAUAUCAAACCCACACAGGAGCUGGAGCCGGAGGAGGCUCCACAAUCUUUCAGGGUGAAGGAAGAGGGGCUGGUCCAGGCUAAUGGAACCUCUGCCCAGGCAGCAGGAGAGGAGUUACAGCUGGCUAGAGAGGCACGAGAGGAGGAGAUGGAGGAGGAUGAAAUUGUCUCACCUUGCUCCCUAUCAGAGGUUUUCAAAUUCUAAAGUAGGUUUGGAAGUUCUGAAAAUGUGGCUUUUUGAGUAGUUGUACCCAUUUUGAAAUUGGCUGUACAAUACUGAGAUUAAUAAAGGUGCGCUGUCAUUGAUACUAAACAUUUUGUCAAAAAUCAUUGACUACGGAAUGAGUUUUCCUUUUCUCUGCACCACAAUGCAAUGGCGUGCAUGUUGAUAUUUUCGUCCAAUUAUAUCGACCUUUCUCUUGUCCUGUCCAGUUCCCAGUCCAGACCUGAGCUUCCAGCCAGAUGAGCACCUGGAAGUGUAUGUGUCAACGUCAGAGAACCCCCACCACUUCUGGAUCCAGAUUCUGGGGCUGGACAAACUUACUGCCGAGAUGAGCCGCUUCUACAGCAAAGGAACCCGGCAGGAGCAGCCAGUGGAAAUCUUCAUGGUGGGGGACAUUGUGGCUGCUCUGUACCGGGACUGUAGCACCUGGAACAGGGCUAGGGUCCUGGGGGAGAUGUGCUCUGGUUUGGUGGACCUCGACUAUGUCGACUUUGGAGACAGUAUAGAACAACACAGGGACAAUCUACGAAGUAUGAGGAGUGACUUCCUCAGCCUACCAUUCCAGGUCAUCGAGUGCAGCUUAGCUGGAGUCAACCCAGCAGGCAGGUGUGGAGAGAAGAAGUCCUGGAUGACUUUGACCGCCUGACAUAGUGGAGACCCCUGCUGGCCAAACUGUGCAGCUACACCCACUCUGGCCCAGUGUACUGUACAGCCCUACGACAACACAGAGGGCAAGAUCAGUACUAAACUGGACUGGGGUGGAAAAUGGCACUAUAUCUCUCGCCUAUCUCUUACUGUCUCUCAUUCACUCACUCACGCUCUCUCUCUGUCCUUCUCUGUCACGGUCUUACAGGCACAGUCUCUCUCCCUGUGUAUGUUAUCGCUGUCUCUCUCCCUGGAAGAUGCCUUGUCAUUUGUCUCUUACCAUGAUCUCCCCCUUUGUGUGUGACUGGUUUCUCAUUCUCUCUCUGUCAGACUGUGGAUCUAGGAGAGGAGCUGGUGAGUCUUGGCCAUGCUCUGCCUAGCCAGGAUAAUUGGAACGGUAGGGGCGACAGGUACUACCCCGGAUCACCACAGAGGAUGUUGGUAAGAGCACAAGGCAGAGGAGAGGGACAAUAAAUUAGAGCGAUUUAGAGAUACAAAUGUAAAGUAUGUAACUAUAUCAGGGUUUCCGUUAGCUGGUAAUAGACGGCUUUUGGAUGAUAUAUUUUGUUUGUUGAAAAACCAAUAAAUAAAAUUGGGUUUGUGCAGAUUUAUAGAAUAUUAUGACGUUCAAAAUGAGACUGAUAUGAGGUAAUAAUAAUUAAUGGAUGAUUAAUACGAUAAUGAUAUGUUCUGAUAUUGUUGAGUUUAUUUUGGGAAACGGUAACUCAUUAAACAAACUUUUUCUGUGGUGCCCCAAGAUUGCUAAUGAGUUAAUUGUUACAUGAUUAAUUUAACCAUCGUAUUAAUUAAACAUAGUUAAGUUGAUUUGAUAAAAUAAUCAUCAUCACAUUAAUGAUAUUCACAUUAUAUACAAAAUAAGUUACAAAUAAUGCGAAAAAAACAUACACAAUAGCACAAUUGGUUAAGGGAUCGUAAAACGACAGCCAUCUCCUUCGGCGCCAAAAUCAGACCAUAUCCGUGGAGGCAAUUAUUUUAUAUAAACUUUCUUUCAUUUUCCAGUAGCCAAAGGCACAAACCUAGUCAUAUUAGCAACUCAUGCUAGUUGUUGCAUCUUAGAUCUCCCCUCUUUCAAAUUUUCAAAAGGAUAUUUUCAUCUUGGUCACAUGAUAUUCGUCACAUGAAACCGCUCACAUGUGCGGUGCGCUUUUGACAGUGGUAUUUUCCUGCUAAUUGAAUUAUUGUGCACAUUGCUGCCCUUAUAAUGUCAUGAAAUAAUAAACUGAACAAGAACAUAAACACAACAUGCAACAAUUUCAAAUAUUUUUAUGAGUUACAGUUCAUAUAAGGAAAUCAGUCAGUUGAAAUACAUUCAUUAGCCCCUUUUCUAUGGAUUUCAUAUGAAUACAG